GGCAAAUGGGGCACCCCUACGCGCCGGCAGAGCUGCAGCUCCCGGGGUUUGUGCCGCUGCAGCUGUCGCAGGGCGAGAUCCUCGUGCCCUACCUCGGCGCCUCCCUCCUCGUACUCCUAGCCGUCUGGCUCAUCUCCGGAAGAUGUGGCAGAUUGUCCAAGACCGACCGUCUGCUUAUGUGCUGGUGGGCAUUCACAGGGUUGACCCACAUACUCAUCGAGGGGCCCUUCGUAUUCACCCCUAAUUUCUUCAAGAAGGAAAACCCCAAUUUCUUCAAUGAAGUUUGGAAAGAAUACAGCAAAGGCGACUCCAGAUAUGUCGCUAGGGACACCGCAACUGUGACCGUUGAAGGGAUUACCGCUGUAUUGGAAGGUCCUGCAUCACUGCUUGCAGUCUAUGCCAUUGCAUCUCGGAAGGCUUACAGCCAUAUUCUCCAGUACACCGUCUGUUUGGGUCAGCUCUAUGGAUGCUUGGUUUACUUCAUUACCGCCUACUUAGAUGGCUUCAACUUCUGGGUCAGUCCAUUUUACUUCUGGGCAUACUUCAUUGGUGCAAACAGUUCGUGGGUUGUGAUACCAACACUCAUCGCCAUAAGAUGCUGGAAGAAAAUAUGUGCAGCAUUUCAAGUUGAAAAGGUGAAGACUAAAUAAGAGCUGCCAUAAGACAUGUUGUAUUAUGGACAAUAUCAUUUGGUCUCGGAAUCGUGUCUUUGUACUGAAAACUGCUUGUACCCUUUGCUCAAACAACAUUGUAAUGCAUGGAAAUUUGAUUUUGUUCCUUA